UAAGGUGCUGUAAUAGAGUAGGUAGCUCGGUAGAUCAAGCUACGUAGGCAUGAGGGGCAUUGGGCCAUGUCCAUGAUGUGGCAGCGGUUUAUAACCUGCACGUCUCCCGCUUCUGUACGAGCUUCUUCUCUUGUGUUUCGUUCUAGAUCUCUCUCAUCUUCUUCUUUACGAUACCCACUCUCUUACAAGAUUCACACAAUGGCUCCCUCUUCUUUCAAGCUCAACACUGGCCAGGAGAUUCCUGCCCUUGGUCUCGGUACCUGGCAGUCUCCCGCUGGCGAGGUCGAGAAGGCCGUCGCAUACGCUCUCAAGGACGGUUACAAGCUGAUCGACUGUGCCUACUGCUACGGAAACGAAGAGGAGGUUGGUGCUGGUCUCAAGGCUGCUUUCGAGGCUGGUGUCAAGCGUGAGGAUAUCUUUGUUGUCACCAAAGUCUGGGCUACUUACAACACCCGACCUGAGCUUGGUCUUGACAAGAGUCUAAAGGCUCUUGGCCUUGACUACGUUGAUCUCUUCCUUGUGCACUGGCCUCUUCUCCUCAACCCCGAGGGUAACGACGACAAGUUCCCCAAGAAGGCUGAUGGUUCCCGAGAUGUUAUCCGAGACUACAAUCACGUCGAUGGCUGGAAGCUCAUGGAGAAGCUCCCUGCUACUGGCAAGACCCGUGGUGUCGGUGUCUGCAACUACAGCAAGAAGUACCUCGAGGAGCUUCUGCCUCAUGCCACUAUCAUCCCCGCCGUCAACCAGAUCGAGAACCACCCCAGUCUCCCCCAACAGGAGAUUGUUGACUUCUGCAAAGAGAAAGGCAUUCACAUUGAGGCCUACAGCCCCUUUGGCAGCACUGGUGGCCCCGUCAUGACUGCUGAGCCUGUAGUCAAGAUUGCUGAGAAGAAGGGUGUCUCUGCCUCUACUGUCCUCCUCAGCUACCAUGUCGCCCGUGGAAGCACUGUCCUCGCCAAGUCCGUUACCCCCGAGCGUAUCACCGCCAACAAGACCAUUGUCGACCUCGACGACGAGGACAUGAAGGCUCUGAACGACUACUCCGAGGACCUUGUCAAGAAGGGUGAGGUCAAGCGAUAUGUCUACCCUCCCUUCGGCAUCGACUUCGGUUUCCCCGACAAGUCAUGAAUCAAAGGUCGGCUAUAGAGAUAUGGUAUAGGGAAUAAAGAUGAGACAUGAUGAAAAGCGGCAUUGAAUAAUAUUGCAUCUAUAAUAGAUCAGAAGCUCAAGUUGGCUUCAUGAAUAGAAAUAGUUAAACUCAUGAAUAUUUG